AUGGUGGCAGCGGUGGGAUUAGCCAAAUCUAGUGAUUUAGUUGUUUUGAAAAUGUCCUCUCUUUCAGCAAUUUUGGAAGCAGGUAAGCGACUUCAACUUGAAGGCGACCAACUACGAUUGUUCAUUCAAGAGCAGCAAGCCAAGGAAAGAGAUGACCGUGAAAGAGAAAGGGAAGAGAAAAAGAUGCAAAGGCAAAUGGAAGAGGAAAGAGAGGCUCGGGCUGACAGGAGAGCAGAAGAAGAACAUAAACGCAAAAUGGAAUUAAUUCGUGCAGAACAGGAGUAUCAAUCUGAAUGGGACAAAUCGGGACGUCGGAGGGAGACCAAUCCUAGAGAUACAAUAAAGAAGGGUCCCAAGUUACCUGCCUUCAAUGAAGAAAAGGACAACAUCGAUGCUUACAUCCAGCGCUUCGAACGGUACGCAACGGUACAGAAUUGGGAACGUGAUGGAUGGGGAGCUAACCUUAGCGCUCUUUUGACGGGUAAUGCAUUAGCGGUGUUUUCUCGUUUACCAGUCCAUCAGUCUCUGGAUUUCGACGAACUUAAGAAGGCAUUACUGAGGAGAUUUGAUAUGACAGGGGAAGGAUUCAGGAAAAGCUUCCGAACAUCAAGACCCGAUGGAAGUGAAACAUUUUCACAGUUUUCCAUUCGCCUUGAAAACUACUUGGAGAGAUGGGUCGAACUAGCCGACACUAACAAGACCUAUGAAGGCUUGAAAGACUUGUUUUUGAGAGAUCAGUUUUUACAGGUAUGUAACCAGGAUCUGAUGUUGUUCCUGAAGGAACGGAUUCCCGUGUCCCUUGAUGCAAUGUCCAGACUGGCCGAUCAAUAUGUAGAGGCAAGAAGAACGAAAGCGGCAAACUUGAUAUCUUCUAAGGGAACCAAGGCAGGAAAUCAUAAGGCAACAGCUUCAGGACAUUCGCCGUCAACAAGUUCUACACCGGGGAAAUCUACAAUUGGUUCAAGCGACUUGCCCAAGGAGAGGACUUGUUUCUAUUGCAAAAAGGUUGGACAUAUUGCUUCAGAUUGCCGGAAGAAGAAAUCUGACAAGAUGAAAGAAGGUCAGGCAGCCUCUAUGGUAAAAGAUAAAGGGAACACGAGUGGCGCCAACACCAUACCGAAGAUGAGUUUCGCCUGCAAUACAAAGGAGACAACUUCCAUGCCGGUGGUGCUGGGACGUGUGGGCGGUAAAGUUGUCACCGUUCUUCGGGAUUCGGGUUGUGAUGAGGUAGGAGUGAGACGUAGUCUCGUUGAACCUGAGAAUAUCACCGACAAGACCAAGACUUACAUUUUAGCUGAUGGUUCUCGUCUUGUAUGCCAAAUCGCCAACGUACAGAUCAACACGCCAUAUUUUAACGGAGAUACUGAAGCCUUCUUGUUAGAGUCACCCUUGUACGAUGUGAUUAUUGGAAAUGUUAAGGAUGCCCUUCCGGUAGGACAACCAGAUGAGAAGUGGCAGCUUGAUUCGUUGAAUGCGGUUCAGACGAGAGCGGAGGUCAAGAGGAAAGCUAAGCCGUUGAAACCGUUGCAGGUAUCGGAGUUUAUGACGAGUUUAGGUAGUGUGAAGGAGAUGAAGGAGGAACAGCAAAGCGAUGGUACCCUGGAGAAGUUCCGUAAGUUGGCAAAGGAAUUGGAUACGUAUGAACGCGAUGAUGGGGGUAAGUCUUCCCUGUUUUACCACAAGGGAUUAAUAUAUCGAGAGUUCAGAAGCCCUGGGAUUGCAACUGGAAAGGUGUUUAGACAAUUAGUCGUACCAACGAAGUAUCGACAGAUGAUAAUAAAACUAGCUCACGAGUCGAUUAUGUCGGGACAUCUGGCAGCAAAACGAACGACUAACAGGAUUCUUGCAGAGUUUUUUUGGCCUGGUCUGCAGGGCGAUGUGACUCGGUUCUGUCGUUCGUGUGAUGUGUGCCAACGUACCUUCCCUAAAGGCCGAGUACCGAAAGCGCCACUCGGCAGUAUGCCAUUGAUCGAUACGCCUUUCAAGAGGAUAGCGGUGGAUUUAGUUGGUCCUCUCGAACCUGCAACAGACCGUGGCAACCGGUUUAUACUGACAGUAGUGGAUUUCGCGACUAGAUAUCCGGAGGCAGUAGCACUUAGAAGCAUUGAGACUGAGCGCGUUGCAGAGGCACUGGUUGAUAUCUUCAGCCGUGUUGGAGUACCCAGUGAGAUGUUGUCCGAUCAAGGGCCCAGUUUACCUCUGGAUUAA